CGUAUUUUUACCUUCCCAAAAGAUAUGUACUUGUCCCGAGUCGCUGUCACGACACUCAAAGGGAAGGAAGAUAAUUAUUCCGCACUGUUAUUUAUUUUUGCAAUGAAAAUCCGAUAUGAGUUUCGUUGGUUUCAAUGUCACUGCUGUGUUCAUAAAAAAUUGGGACACUGCGGACGAAAGUGGUCAAUGUAUAGCUGAAAACGAUUACAAAGAUGCUGAAUGGGUUUGUAAAAAAUUGGAUGUUCCACUCAUUCGUGUUGAUUUUGUUAAAGAAUACUGGAACGAUGUAUUUAGUUACCUUCUUGGGAGUUACCAAAACGGACACACGCCGAAUCCUGAUAUAGAAUGUAAUCGAAAAAUAAAAUUCGAUAAAUUUUUUCACUAUGCACGUGAAAAUCUCAAAGCCGACGCAAUUGCCACAGGACAUUAUGCACGAACAUCUUUUGGACCUUAUCUUGAAGCCUACAAACCGGAUAGCAAAGUCAAACUUUUACAAGCCAUAGAUUGCAGCAAAGAUCAAACGUUUUUCAUGUCACAAGUGGCUCAAGAGCCACUUCGGAGAUGCAUGUUUCCUUUAGGUGAAUAUCACAAAGCUGAGGUGAAAAAAAUGGCCGAAGAGGCAGAAUUGGAUGUUGUUGCAAAAAAAAAAGAGAGUAUGGGAAUUUGUUUUAUCGGCUCUCGAUAUUUCAAGGAAUUUAUCGCCGAAUACGUAGAGGACAAACCUGGAAAUUUUAUGGAUUACGACACAGGCUCAAUAAUAGGUAAACACGAAGGCAUUCAUCAAUGGACUUUGGGACAAAGAUGUAGAAUUGGCGGCCAGGAAAAACCUUUUUACGUGUAUCAUAAAGACGUUCAAACGAAUGAUAUAUUAGCGGUAAAAGGAACAGAUCAUCCAGCACUUUUCACACAAUUAAUAAUAGCUGCGAAUCCUCAUUGGAUUAAUGAAGAACCUCAACAAUUGAAAGACAGUAAAGGAAUUUUUCAUUGCGAUUUUCGGUUUCAACAUCAACAUCCUUUGAGUCCUUGCUCAGUUUACAAAAGUCUUAACAAUCGGUUGAUCAUUCGUCUCGAAGUUCCACAGAGAGCAGUUACUUCAGGACAGUUUGCAGUUUUAUACUCUGGUGCGGAAUGUCUCGGCAGUGCUGUGAUCCUGCAUCCCGGUCCUUCGCUUCAUUCACUGGGUCAAAAAGCUCCUGCAUCUGUUGAAAGAAUUGAACCUCGCUUGCAAAGCAUAGGAUGUAGUUGAAUAUUACUUCAUUAAAUUAUAAGAAUAAAAUUCUAUCAAUAAAAAUCUUUCACACAGUC